UUUGCUAUAUACACAUUCAUCUCUCUCUCUCUCUCGAAGCUUCAAGUCGACGACUUCUAUGGCAGCAUCAGCGAUGUCUUCUUCUUCUUGCUUCGUUUCAUCUCUUCGUCUAAUCCCAUUCAAACGGACCUUCUUCUCCUCCUCCAUUCAUCACCAACCCAAAAACCUAAUUUCCCGGCCAAUCCCCUCUUUUCUCCGAACGAUCGUCACGUUCCAGAAAAUACCAACCGUCAUCGUCCCUCCGAUAUCAGCCUCGAGCUCCUCCGUCGACCUUCAACCCGUCGAGGAGCUUCCUCCGAAGCUGCAAGAGAUCGUCAAGCUGUUCCAAUCGGUGCAGGAGCCCAAGGCCAAGUACGAGCAGCUCCUCUUCUACGGCAAGAAUCUGAAACCGCUCGAUCCGAGGUUCAAGACGAGGGAGAACAAGGUGGAAGGAUGCGUUUCUCAGGUGUGGGUCAGGGCUUUCUUCGACGAGGACCGCAACGUCUUCUACGAAGCUGAUUCCGAUUCGGUACUCACCAAAGGGUUAGCUGCUCUGCUUGUCCAGGGGUUGUCCGGAAGACCUGUGACGGAGAUUCUGAGGGUGACGCCUGAUUUCGCGGUUCUGUUAGGUCUGCAGCAGAGCCUGACUCCUUCGAGGAACAAUGGGUUUCUUAAUAUGCUCAGGUUGAUGCAGAAGAAGGCGAUGAGUCUUGAAGUCAGAGCAGAGGAGGGUACUACUACUACUUCAGAAUCAACAAUCGAUGAAGCAAGUAUUGUUAAUGUUGAGGUGGAUAAGCCUCCUAGUGUUGUUGAGGUUGAAGAGUCCGAGAGUGUGUCAAAGGUUGUUGCUUUAGGCAAUAGAGGGAUGAGGAUAAGAGAGAAGUUGGAGAAGGAGUUGAGUCCUGUGGAGUUAGAAGUUGAGGAUGUUUCUUACCAGCACGCAGGACAUGCCGCUGUUAGAGGUAGUGCUGGUGCUGGUGCUGAUGGGGAGACGCAUUUCAAUUUGCGAGUUGUUUCGGAUGCUUUCCAAGGUAAAAGCUUGGUGAAGAGACAUAGGAUGGUAUAUGACUUGUUGCAAGAGGAGUUGCAGAGCGGGUUGCAUGCUCUCUCUAUUGUGGCUAAGACUCCUGCUGAGGUUUGAGGGGUGUGUUGCAAUGGAAAGAGACAGAGAUCCAGAUUUGUUUUUCUUCUUUUACUCUAUUUUGGUUUGCGCUUUUGUACUCUGGUCCCUUUUAAUCAUGUUGACGCUUUAAGAGCUUGAUCAGGAUCGUUGUUAUAUAUAUAUAUAUAUAGAUUCUAAAUGAGAGAGGUAUUGCUUGUACCUAGAGGGUUGGAUCAUAUAUUUAAUGUUUUCACUUCAUGUUUCCCCA